AUGGGUAACUGUCUAUCGUGUCUUUUAGGCACUUCAAAUGAUGACGACUAUAAUGAAACGUCAUCUUUAUUGAGACAUCAACAACAGCACAACCAGCAAUAUUUAUCCGACUAUUUGCAAGAAGAACAGAUACUCAAACAGCAACAAAGACAACAAGAAUUGGUCAGCAUAGUAAAUGAAUUGAAUGAUAAUUUGAUUGAUGUUACUUCAUUUUUAAGUGGAAACAAUAACAAUAAUGCAUCUUUGGGUAAUAGUGGAAUUUUGGCUAAUGAGAGUAAUAUUAACGAGGAAGAGGAAAUACAAGUCAGCAGUACUAAAAAAUCACUUCCCUACGUUUAUACUAAAGAGGACAAAGAUGAAAUCUUGAAGAAAUUGAAUGACAUCGAUGAUGAAGUCAAGCAGAGUUUUAAAAUAAAAUCACUGGAGCCCUUAUAUAUAAAGUUUUAA